CGGAAUCGCAGUAGUGACCAGUGAGUACGGAGAAUGGAAUUUGACGCGAUUGUGCUAGGAACUGGUCUCUCCGAGUCGAUUGCUGCUGCUGCGCUAUCCAAAGCUGGCUUCAAGGUCGCGCAUGUAGACAACAAUCAGUACUACGGCGGCGACGAGGCAUCCCUCACAUUGGACGAGCUUGCAGAAUGGGCAGACAUACGCUCCGGUCGCAAGGACACCCCGUCCUCCGACUACCUCGCGACUCAGAAAGAGCGAUACACCUCCAUCUCCCGUUCAGAGUCCAUUCCGCCACAGUCAAGACAGUAUGCUGUCUCACUCGCCCCGUCCAUCGUUCCCUCCAUCGGAUCGCACAUCGACGCCCUCGUCGCCUCUGGAGUCUCGCGCUACGGCUCCUUCAAACUCCUCGAGAAGGUCGCCGUUUACGACCGACCGGGGUUUGUACAGAGUGUGCCCGGGAGCAAGGAGGAUGUGUUCAAGAGCAAGGCCUUAUCACUCAUUGACAAGCGACGAUUGAUGCGCUUCCUCAUGUUUGCGGCCGGGGAAUUUGAGGACAAGAAGGAACUAGAGGGAAAGGAGCAGAUGCCCUUUAGCCAAUACCUGCGCGAGGUCUUCUCUCUCAACGGUAAGGCUGUUAACGCCAUCGCAUAUGCCAUAGCCUUCUGCACAACCGGAGAAGAACACACUCUUCCGGUCCUCCGGAGAAUACGGCAGUAUCUACGCUCUGCGGGCCGAUAUGGUGCUUCUCCCUUCCUUGUCGGACACUAUGGGGGCCUGGGCGAGACAGCGCAAGGUUUCUGUCGAACAUCAGCCGUCAAGGGCGGAACGUAUAUCCUUGGUCGCCGCGUGCUCUCCGUCAAGGCGUCUUCCCUAGCGGAUAGCCUUGAGGUUGAGAAGGCUGCUUCUGACUCUGCCAAGACAGCCUCCCGAUAUGAAGUUCAGCUGGAAGACAUCGACGAGCAGCUGACCAGUACGAUCCUUCUGUCGGCUCCGGAUUAUGUCCGCCCGUCCGCCCCGAUAACGUCUUCCUCGCACGAUGUCCCUUCCGUCUCGCAUGCGCACUACCCGAUAGCUCGAUGUAUUGCGAUACUGGAACAUCCAUUGGUUUUCACGCCAGUAGAUGCACCGGAAGAGACUCCCGCUCCUGAGGUAGAGGAAUCUAUUGAGGGUGUCGAGGACGAGCUAUCCGACAAGCCAGCACCGCCAAAUUAUGAGGUCGAUACCGCCCUGCUUGUCUUCCCACCAGGUGCAUUGCCCGAUGGCUCGACCACGACAGCGGCCCAUGCUUUGGUCACAGGAGAGGCGAGCAUGUCCGCACCGAGAGGGAAAUACAUCCUCAAUAUUUCAUUGCCUCUUCCCACGUCGGAUCCGUCCAGUCCCAAGGAACUGCUGCGACCCUAUCUAGAAGCAGCUUUGAGCCUCGCCAUAUCUCCCUCUUCUCCAGAGACGACCCCAACGAGGCCGCUCUUCACCGUCUUCUACACACACAACCCGCCUUCCGGUGCAGCUCCUCCAUCUACGCCGUCCGAUAGUGGUGCCAUUUUGACGCCGCCUCCAACACAGCUGUUGCCUGCCAUUGCCGACGUAGCGACAGAGAACGCAGAGGCCAUGUUCUGGAAGGCGGUCGAGCAGUUGAAAGCUGCUGGCGUCCGGCGUUCCGUGGUGAAGGAAAGCUAUAAGAAGAGCGAUGGCGAAGAGGAGAAGGUUGAUGAUGAACGAAACCCGGAGGAGAUAGACUCUUUCUGGCCGCCCUUAGACGCUACCGAGGAGGAUUCGAGCACGGCGGACGAAUGGUGAGCUGAGGCUGGGAAUGGAGUAUGGCAGCGAGACAUGAAGCUGUAUUCUAUGUACAUGCACGCAUGAGAGGGGCUCUUUCACUCAGCAUAUACGAAAUAACUUGUAGCAAAUGC